AUGGAGGAACAUUUUGAUUUAGUAUCCGAUGUGAACGCCAAAAAACUUGCAUGGAAUUUCAAAGUAUUCGUUGUAAGGGUAUGGGCAACUUCAAACAAGUUCAAUGUCAAUGAGAUUGGCUCCAUUGAAAUGGUUCUUCAAGAUAACCAGGGUGGCAGGAUUUAUGCAACCAUACCAAGAUCACUGGAAAAGAAAUAUAUUAGUGUUAUUCUUGAGUUCCACAUGUAUACUAUGAGUAACUUCAUAGUAGUUGACAACAUGACCAAGAAAAAAAAUGGUGUUAAUAGGAACGUUGCAGAGCUGCAUACAGUCGAGAAAGUAGAGGAUCUUGAACUGUUUGAUAUAAUUGGAGAAGUUUUUGGAAAGAAAGAUCCAAGAGAAUUAGUAACUAGCAAGGGAAUAGAGACUAAGCACUUGGUUAUUAUUAUGGAAGACUUGGAGAAGAGCAGGUUAAGUUGUACUCUCUUUGACAAAACUGUUGACCAGAUACUCCCCCACCUUGAUGACGAUUGA